AUGGACGCCGUCACGACUGCUGCUGCAGAAGCAGGCGAGUACGUCUCGACUUUCGACCCCAACGACAAGUACAUCGGCCUCGCCCUCGCCGUCUCGUCCAGCGUCGCGAUCGGAACCUCGUUCAUCAUCACCAAGAAGGCGCGUCCCUGGCCCCACUUUGCCCACCCAGGCCUCAUCAGCGCGGCAGACGCGCACGACGGCUUCGCGAGCAGCUCGUACAGCUACCUCCGCAACAGCCUGUGGUGGGCCGGCAUGCUCACGAUGGUCGUCGGAGAAGUCGCCAACUUUGCCGCCUACACCUUUGCGCCGCCAGCCCUCGUCACGCCUCUCGGCGCCCUGUCGGUCCUCGUCGGCGCCGUCCUCGCCGCCAUCUUCCUCGGCGAGCGCCUCGGCAAGAUUGGUAUCGUCGGGUGCUCGCUGUGCCUCGUCGGCAGCCUCGUCAUCGUCCUCCACGCGCCCGAGGACAAGGAGAUCAACACGGUGGACGAGAUCCUCGAGUACGCGUUGCAGCCAGGCUUCAUGUUCUACUGCUUCUGCGUUCUCGUCUUCUCCCUCUACAUGAUCCACAUCGUCGCCCCUCGACACGGCAACUCGAACCCGCUCGUCUACAUCUCGAUCUGCUCGCUCGUCGGGUCCGUCUCGGUCAUGGCCGUCAAGGGAUUCGGCGUCGCCCUCAAGUUGACGUUCGCCGGCAACAACCAGCUGUGGCGCGCCGGUACCUGGAUCUUUGCCUUCACCGUCGCCGGCUGCAUCGCGGUCCAGAUGAACUACUUCAACAAGGCGCUCGACCUGUUUCCGACGACCGUCGUCAACCCGAUGUACUUCUCCUUCUUCAGCACGGCAACCUUGAUCGCGAGCGUCAUCCUCUUCCACGGUCUCGGCACGACCGGCGGCGUCAACACGUUCACCCUCUUCUGCGGCUUCUACACCAUCUCGAUGGGCGUGUACCUCAUCAACCUGUCGCGGUCCGUCUCGGACGCCGACGCCUCUCGGCGGUACUCGUCGGCCGCCGCGCGGCACUCGCUCCUGCAGGACACGCGCAUCUCGCUCACGUCCGACUCGGGGCACGGGCACCACGCGCAACCGGACGCGCGGCGCAGCGCGACGCUGUACCGCGCCGGCGGGCUCACGACGGGCGGCGUCGAGCCCUUGUUCGACUACGAGGACUCGCCCGUCGAGGCUGCGCACGCGCACGGCAAGUUUGAGGACCGCGACCAGGGGAGGCGGCGCGGCGAGACGGCGGUCCAGAUGGAGCACUUUGCGCUCGCCAACGACCACGACGGCAGCGACAGCGAGGGCGAGGGCGAGGGUGGGCGAGGCGGCGGCGGUGGCGGCGGGUACAGGAGGUGA